GGCAAUACGACCAUUGGACAAAAAAGUGAGAGACGAAUUAAAGUGCGAAAUUUCUUCAUUACAUUUCUUAGUUUUUGCUUGCAAAAUGCAAAAUUACGUUUUGCUAAUAGUGUGAACAAGAACGAAUAAAUAUAGAGUUUUUAAUAAAGCUUAUGGAAUAGUGUACCCGUGUACUGCAAAGUAAAUAUAUAUUUUGCAGAGCUGGUGUUCAAUCGGCAAGUUCAUCGCUUUGCUUAGUUUUUUUAUCACCAAAUGUGCAACUCGAUUUUCUUUUAAUCUAUAAUAAAAGUUACAAAGAUACACUCUUCCAAUUAUUGUAACAUAGUGUUCUGUGUGUUUCCGGCAAUUAUCAUGAAAUAAGUCAUACCAAUGUGAUUGUGGCUAAAACGAAAGUAAUAAGUAAUCUUGUGUGGAAUGUUUGACAUUCAAUUAUUACACUGUUUCAACGAAGUGAACCACGAAAAAAGUUACACCUUUUAAAAGUUAUACAUAUUGGUUAUUCAUUUAAAUACCAUAUUUUAAAGAAUAUUAUAAAUUGUUAAACGAACCGAAAACGUGAAAAGAUGACUUCAACUACUAAUAGAAAUGAUACAACAACGAGUACUUGCGACAGCGAUAAUGUCGGAAGCACCAUAGCGGCAGGUAAUGCCAACGGGAGCGGCAGCGGCACCAUAGAAGCUGAGUAUAAUAGAAUCGCUGAUCGACAAGGCUGGCAUAGGUGCUACCAGGAAAUUCGUGAUCACUGUGAACGUGAAGCUAGUGAAAAACAAUUUGGCACUAUUGAAUCGGAGAAACCUUACAAUCGCUGCCUAAACAGAUACAGAGAUGUUAACCCGUACGAUCACUCUCGCAUCAUCAUACAUAGGGGCAGUGUAGACUAUAUAAAUGCAAACCUUGUUCAGCUGGAACGUGCCGAUCGCAAAUAUAUUUUAACACAAGGACCUCUAGUAGACACCGUCGGACACUUUUGGCUAAUGGUUUGGGAACAAAAUACCAAAGCCAUUCUAAUGUUGAACAAAUUAAUGGAAAAGAAACAAGUUAAAUGUCAUCACUAUUGGCCAGACAGAAAGGGUCCUGAGAACGCGUUGAGAUUAGAAGAAGUUGAUUUGACCGUUGAGUUUCUACAUUGCGAAGAAUAUAAGAACUUCUGUCGCAGAUGGUUCAAGCUAACAGAUUUGGAGACAAAUACCAGCCGUGAAAUACUGCAAUUUCACUACACAACAUGGCCAGACUUUGGCAUUCCUAGUUCACCAGUAGCGUUUCUACAAUUUCUAAAACAAGUGCGGGACUCGGGAGCACUCGAUGCCGAUGUGGGACCAGCAGUUGUGCAUUGCAGCGCUGGUAUUGGCCGUUCUGGCACAUUUUGUUUAGUUGACUGCUGUUUAGUAUUGAUCGAGAAGGAAGGCGAAUCAAAUGUUUCUGUGCAAGAUGUGCUUUUUGAGCUGCGCAGAUAUCGCAUGGGCUUAAUACAGACUGCAGAUCAAUUAUUUUUCUCUUAUCAAUCAAUCAUAGAGGGUAUUAAAUUGCUCAAAGAUCCAGAAUUUCUAAAUUACAAAGAAAACCCAAUUACCAGCAGUGACAGCACACAUGAACAGUAUGCUACAGAUGUAAUAGCUAGUGGCGAUGUUCCACCACCGUUGCCACCACGCACACAUUCCCUAACACUGCCAAUGGCCGGUUGUAGCCCUGCCGGUUCAUUAACAUUGAACCUACAUGGUAAACCAUUACCAAAAAUACCAGCCAGUGAAAGUUUUAACGAGGAAUUAUACGCACUCACCGACAAUGCAAAUCACACCAGUAAGGAUGCAUUGAAUAAUUUCAUAAAUAAUGAAAAAACAGCUGAUAGUUUGUCAAAUCGACCGCUGCCACCUUUACCACAACAGCCUCAAAUCACUCAAGCCUCAUUGGAUCGUGUAUAUGGAUCAGAGAGUGAUGAAAACGAAUGUUACGAAAAUGAUGAAAGUGACGACGACGACGACGACGAUAAUGAUGAGCAAAUUAAUGAACAAAACGAUGACAAAGCGGACGAUAUGAAAAACGCUAACGCUGUCCAUGAACGGAGUAUAAGCAGUGAACGGGCAAGCGGCGGUGGUGGCGGAGGCGGCUUUAAUGAGCAAUUGGGCGAAGUUAAAUUAAACGGCACCGAUGUAACAUAUAGUAAUUCAAACACCGUCGGAAGUCCCGAAAACGAGUUGAAGCGACGAAAACGUGCCGAACGACAGGCAAAUAUCGAGCACAAGGUGAACGAGAUCAAGCGAAAGCAGCGCGAAUCCGAAGAGAGCAAACAUGCGGCGAAGAAACGAAGGUCAUUAAUUACCUAUAUUGCGGCGGGUGUUGUUGUGGGUGUGAUUUGUGUGUAUGCAUAUUCGAAAUUAGCCUAAAGCAAAACCAGUGUGUUGCAAAUAAUGGUAAAUACAACUGAGCGGCGUAACGGCCGCAAUCAGCUACAAUUGAUAGUUAACUUUGUGUCGCGCACAUGCUGUAAAGCGCUCCAUCAUUUACAUAUACAAUAACGCUCUCGCCAAUAAUAUCAAUAACAACAAUGCGAAUAAGUUAUUAUUUAGAAUAUUUAAUGUUGAUUGAAUUAAUCAGAGUUAAUAUUUUGCAUGUAAUUGAGACGCAAAUUAUCCAAAUACAUUUACAAAAUACAUUCAUACAUAAAUUAAUCGCAAAUAGUACAUAGUUAUCUACAUAAAUUCAUACUUUUGAAUAAGAUGUAAAAUCUUGAAGCAUAUUUGUGAAAUGUUUACUUUACUCAUUUGACCAUUACUUUCCAAAACUUUUGCAUAAUAAAUAUUUUCGCUUUUAUUGACAUAAAAUACCUAGAGCUCUAUAUUUUAACUUUGGUUUCAGUUACUUAUAACCACAACACGCACAAGAAACCACACCCUAUGCACCUAAAAUUCAUACAUGCAGGCAUAUUUUUACGUACAUAUAUACAUAUAUAAUUUUUCUCUAUAAGUCUCAGCCAAUUUAUUUAAACAUUUUUGGGAUUUAAAAACAUAAACGGUUUACUAAAAAAAUCGAUUCUUACAAGUGGAACCCUUUAAGUUCAAGCCAGCUAAUUUGUGACCUUGAAUCAAAAUAUUUAGAACAAUGAUAUUCUAUUAGUUUGACCAAUCCAGCAGAAUUUCUUUUUACCGACUUAAACCCAUUAGUUGAUACGCUUUAAAUUGAAGCUUAAGUUUUACAAAGUAACACAAAAAUUUCUGCUCGAUUCGUAUAUGUAAUUAACCGCAAUAGACUGAGCAUAUGUAUAACGAAAACUAGAACAAAUUACAUCUUUGUAAAUAUUUACAAUUCAUAACAUUAUAUAAAAAAUAAUAGAGAAUAUAAGAUGAAUAGUACUAAGUUGAGAAAUGCCACACUUUUCUUUCUAACCGCACUAAAUGUUGCGUAAGAAUUUCCUUAAAUUGCAACGUUAUUUUUUUAAUACUUAAGCGUUAAAUUGAGAAUAUGCUGCUAAAAGAAAAUUUUUAUACAUAAUCUCGAUUUUUUUAUCAAAAGUUAUCAAUAUAUUUGGAAAUUUUAAAGAACUUUAUUAGAUAUUUUUGAGCUAAAGAAUUGCACUUUUUUCUUUGCAUAUUGAACUCUUGGCACUAGUAGUUAAAUAAUUUACAAUUUUCAAUAUUUCUAUAUAAUAACUCAAAAUUCUCCCAAUUUUGUUUGUAAAGUCUUCUGAGCACAAUUCUUAACUGGAUAGAAGUCCGGAUUUCUUACGCUUACAUAGACCACACGCUAAAGAUUUGUUAUGUAUACAUAGCACAGCAGUGCAUAGAUAAACAUUGCAUGUGAAGUAUAACCGAAGUUAUAUUUUACACACCGCAUAAAAACUCAGCUGUUUUUACAUGUUUGUCAGAUCACCCAAAUGUGAAAUAUUAUAAACCAAAAUGUCAAGUAUCACAACAAAUGCCAUUAGAAAAAAGCGAAAAGUUGAGCAGCAAUGCUUUAAACUGACACACAGCAUAGUUAUCAAAAUUCAACAGAUUUCUAUGCCAUGGUCAGCGUUCGUUAAUCAAAUACAUGCAAAACGCAUUAAACAGAUUCCUUGGGUGACAGUUCUCAUGUAUGGCAAUGCUCUGCUUUGAAUGCACUACUGGGUCUUGAGCGAAUCCCCAAUCGUGUUCUAGAAACUUGAAAUUAGACUAUAUCAUUUAACGUGAAUUGCUUUAAUGACCCUGUCAGCUAGUGACUCCCAGUGAAUAACGACGCUGGCUAUAUACUGAAAGCGAGUUUAUCUAUAAUCAAAAAUGAGAAUUAGAUAUUGUUCGUUUAAUUUUACUUGAUAUUGUCAAUAUAGAUUGAACAGUUUCCCACAAAAAAUAAAUAUAAAUUAAUAAAAUAAAUAAAAGGGCGUUAAGGAAAGCGCGAAAAAAUGAAGAGAGGCUUAACAACUUAUUUUCUACUCACUUACAUAUGUAUUAUUAGAACAAACAUGACAAAAAUGUAAAAUUUACAUUUAUUACAAUUACAAACAAAAAAAAAAAAAAAUGAAAGGCGCAUAGAAGCAAGCAAAGAAAUACCGCGCCGCAUAGGGUUAUAAAAAUUCAAGUUUUUUUUUAUCGCAGCAAUUUCUGGAAAAAUAAAAAUUUUUCUGUCGCGGGCGAAACCCUUGAUGAAGCUACAAUAUUUUUUAAACGCUAACGGUUUUGUAAAUGCGUUAAAAUUACAUUUUCAUGUAACCUUUUGUUUCGCAACAUAUUAUAGCUUAUGAAAUAUUUUUGCAAUUUGUAUUAUUUCUUAUUUAAUGCGCAACUGUUGACUAUUAGCACGAUAUCCACAUUUUGAAACUCGCAUUUAUGGGCAUAAACUUUUUUAAUAUUCCACAUUCUAUAAUUCUAUUUUUGUACACAGCCCUUCCCCCGAUAAAAACACAAAUUUAUGUAUAAGAAAAAAAAGUUCCGUUAAUGGAGAUUUAAUAUUCUAGCUCGUACAUAUUAUGUAUAUUUAUGCGACGUGCUUUUAAAAAAAAUUACAUCUACACUAUAUUACACUAUGUUUAACUGACCUUAUUUUCCGUUUAUAAAGGAAAACUGGUUAUGUACUAGCCAAUAUUAUUGUUAGCAACCCAACCUAAAAACAAUAAAAUAGGCGUUAACGUUUUCCCUACUGACUAUGAAUUUGCGUGUAUAAGUACAUACAUAUAUAGAUACGCUAUACAAAAAGAAAAUAUAAAGCAAUAUCAAUUUAA